GGAAUCUUCGCCUACAUGAACUACAGGGUCCCCCGGACCAGGAGGGAGAUCUUUGACACCCUCAUCAAGGGCCUGCAGCGGCUGGAGUACCGUGGCUAUGACUCCGCAGGUGUGGCAAUCGAUGGGAGCAAUCACGAAGUCACAGAAAGACACAUCCAGCUGGUCAAGAAGAGGGGCAAGGUCAAGGCUCUGGAUGAAGAGCUCUAUAAACAAGAUGGCAUGGACUUGAAGGUGGAGUUUGAGACCCAUUUCGGUAUUGCCCACACCCGCUGGGCCACCCACGGGGUCCCCAAUGCCGUCAACAGCCACCCCCAGCGCUCAGACAAAGGCAAUGAAUUUGUUGUCAUCCAUAAUGGGAUCAUUACCAACUACAAAGACCUGAGGAAGUUUCUGGAAAGCAAAGGCUACGAGUUUGAGUCGGAAACAGACACGGAGACCAUCGCCAAGCUGAUUAAAUACGUGUUCGACAACAGGGAAACAGAGGACGUCACAUUCUCAGCCCUGGUCGAGAGGGUCAUUCAGCAGCUGGAAGGCGCCUUUGCACUGGUUUUCAAGAGCAUCCACUACCCAGGAGAAGCCGUUGCCACCAGGAGAGGCAGCCCACUGCUCAUCGGUGUGCGGAGCAAAUACAAGCUGUCCACGGAGCAGAUCCCCAUACUGUACAGGACAUGCACCCUGGAGAACAUGAAGAGCCUCUGCAAGACGCGUGUGAAGCGGCUGGACAGCUCCACCUGCCUGCACGCCGUGGGCGACAAAGCCGUGGAGUUCUUCUUUGCGUCUGACGCGAGCGCAAUCAUAGAGCACACCAACCGGGUCAUCUUCCUGGAGGACGACGACAUCGCCGCAGUGGCCGACGGGAAGCUGUCCAUCCAUCGGGUCAAGCGCUCGGCCAGCGAUGACCCGUCUCGAGCCAUCCAGACCCUGCAGAUGGAGCUCCAGCAGAUCAUGAAAGGCAACUUCAGCGCGUUUAUGCAGAAGGAGAUCUUUGAGCAGCCGGAGUCAGUUUUCAACACCAUGAGGGGGCGGGUGAAUUUUGAGACCAACACAGUGCUCCUGGGAGGCCUGAAGGACCACCUGAAGGAGAUACGGCGGUGCCGACGGCUCAUCGUCAUCGGCUGCGGGACCAGCUACCACGCCGCCGUGGCCGUAAGCACAGCCAAGGGCUCUUGGGAGCCACGGCCAGGGCAGCCCCGCCUUUGCGGGUUUUUUGA